CUUAAUUCAUUAAUGAUUGACAGAAUUAGAUAUCCAACUGAUUCAGCAUCAAAAUGAAAAUUUCACGUAUAAAAGGCCAAACAAGCAAGGCUGAGAAAAAUAACAAGUAGGUGCAAAACAGGUCUAUCUACAGAGAAAAUAUGAAUUACUCUCCACUAAAACAAAACUAAUUUGUAUUUCUAAGGACAAUAAUUUGCACUAUUAACAGUUUAAUACAACUUUCCCAAUUGUAGGAUAGCUCAAAGACAAAUACAAAGAUAACCCAGUGUCCUAGACAGGAAAAUCAGUUUUUUCCCUAUUUCAGAAGUUUUCACGAUUUUUCCUGAUACUGGCACAAAGAAGGGAGAUGAAAUGAGUAGUGAAAAUGGUAUUAGUUAAGUGUCUUCUUAUCAAAUAAUUAUGGUGAUAAUUUGUAUAUGCAUUAUUUAAUUGAAUCAAAAGAAUGAUCCAAUGAUAACGCUUACACAGUAGGUUGAAUAAGGGUACUCAAAAAAUGUAUAUGAGAUCACAAAGCUUGUAAACAGCUGAUCUAAAAUUUGUACUCAGGACUGACUGGUCCCAAAUUUGUGCACUUUCUCACUACAUAUUUCAAUACAAGGUAUAUGAAAUUCUAUUUGAAUUAGAUGUGGAAUAUGGGCCUUAAUCAACAUAGAAUGACAAGGUGGAUGAUUUGGACUUGACUGAUAACCAUUUUCAGUCAUUCAGUUAAUGGGAUUAUUUGUGUUCAAUUACCUCCUGAAGACUUGGUGGUGUUACUCUUGUAUGGCAUGGAAUACCUGCACAUGUUUCAGAGAAAGUGAACCUGAGAAAGUAGAAGAGUAAACUCCCUUGACUAAAUCACAAGUUGUUCAUUUUAUUUUUUUAGAGUCAUUGAUUAAACACCCAGAGAAAUGAACAACUUCACCUCUGUGACCAUGUUCUUCCUAAUGGGGUUUUCUGAUGUUCGGGAGAUCCAGAUCUCACAUGCUGUGUUGUUUUUGCUGCUAUACCUGGCAGCUGUACUGGGGAACGUUCUCAUCAUCACUCUCACAAGCAAGGAUCAUCGGCUCCACACCCCUAUGUAUUUCUUCCUGCAGAACUUGUCCUUUCUGGAUCUCUGCCUCAUUUCCAUCACUGUUCCCAAAUCCAUCGCAAACUCUCUGGCUAAUCACACCACCAUCUCAUUUCUCGGCUGUGUUUCACAGGUAUUUUUCUUCUUCCUCUCAGCCACUACAGAAGUAUCUCUACUCACAGUGAUGUCUUAUGACCGCUACGUUGCCAUCUGCCACCCACUGAGGUAUGAAGUCAUCAUGAGCCAUGGAGCCUGUGUGCAGAUGGCAGCUUCCUCAUGGGUCAGUGGAGUUCUCAAUGCAAUUCUGCACACAGCUUCUACCUUCUCCAUACCUGUGUGUGGGUCUCCUGAAGUUCAUCAGUUCUUCUGUGAUGUUCCACAACUGCUGUCCCUCGCCUGUUCUUAUAAUACUGUGGAAUUAGUAGUCAUUGUGCUCAGCCUGGUGUUAGAUUUUGGCUGUUUUGUGUUUAUUGAUAUCUCUUACAUUCACAUCUUCUCCACUGUUCUGAGAAUCCCAUCCAGAGAAGGCAGGUCUAGAGCUUUCUCCACGUGCUUGCCUCACCUCACUGUUGUGACUCUCUUUCUCUUUUCUGGUUUUUUUGCCUAUUUACGACCUUUACCCAAAUCUCCAUCACCCUUGGAUUUGCUGGUGUCGGUAUUCUAUACUACAGUGCCACCCAUCAUGAAUCCCAUCAUCUACAGUCUGAGAAAUAAGGAUAUGAAGAUGGCAUUAAAGAAACUUAAAGAGUGGGCAUUGCCCUUCAAAUUAGGAGAGUUAAUGCCACAUAUAUCAUGAUCUUUCAAUCACUGACAGAAUUGUCUGAAUAAUCUGGUUGCCUAGUCUGAAAAUAAUAUUGGAUAUUUAAAGUAAGAACUACCAUGAAAACUCUUUAAAUUUCUAUUAAUGGGCACUGUCUAUUAGUAGAUGAAGUGAGUGGAAAAACCAGUAGUUCCAUUUAUAAUUGGGCAGAUAUAUGCUAACCUUGUAUUUAUCAUGUUAAUUGAAAAACAAACAAUAAACAAUUAUUUUCCAGUUAGUUCUGACUCUUGGUGACUACAUUUGUGGAGAGUACAACUGGGUCCAUAAGGUUUUCAAGGCUGUGACCUUUCAGAACCUGAUGUCUGGCCUUUCUUCGGAGGCCUCUGGGUGAGUUUAAACAUUCGGCCUUUCAAUUAGUUGUUGAGGACUUAACCAUUUGGUGCAGUGGUUAAGAGCUAUAUCUGCUAACCAAAAUGUUGGCAGUUUGAAUCUACUGUUGGCUCCUUAGAAAUCCUAUGGGGCUGUUCUACUCAGUCUUAUAUGGUUGUUAUGAGUCAGAAUCUACUCGGCUGCAAUGGGUUUGUACGAUUUUUGUUUUUGUUUGUUUGCUGUUUUUUUUUUAAGACUCCUUAUAGGGACACUUUUGAAUUCGAACAAUGCUUCAUGACUUCUGGAUAUUCAACUCACUUAUGAUCAUAACACUAUUUCUCUAUUCCUGAUGUAGUGUUAUACUUUCCUGCUCCAGUCAUGAGAUUACCUUUACUUAGAUUUCUUCAGCCUAGUCCACUUUCUCCUGUUAGAUGUUUUCUUAAUACCAUUUCCCUAUCUAUCGUAGAACUUACCUUAGUUGUAAUUUGAGAUUUAUUUCUCUAAGGCUUUGUUAUGUUUUUCUUCAUUACACUGUGUGAUCCUUGUGGACAGGGGCUGUAUCUCUUAUGUCUUGCUUAGUGUGUGGCCUAGAAUAGAAAUAAAGUGAGUAUUUAUUUAAUAUAUUAAUGGACAAUAUCUACGUCUUUUCCUGGUCCCACAAAACUUUUAUUAUUUCUUUAUCAUUAAUCUGAGCUUAACCUGGAAACUCUGGUGGUGUAGUGGUUAAGUGCUACGGCUGCUAACCAAGAGGCUGGCAGUUCGAAUCCACCAGGCGUUCCUUGGAAACUCUAUGGGGCAGUUCUACUCUGUCCUAUAAGGUAGCUAUGAGUCGGAAUCGACUCGAUGGCAGUGGGUUUGGUUUUGGUUUUUGAGCUUAAUCUAUUAUCUCUAUAUUUGUAAUGGAUUGAGUUCUAAUUUAUUCCAAAGGUAAUGGAUUAUAAUAAGUUCUGUGGUAGUUAUGGACCUAUGCACAUAUGUAGUUCACAUGAUCAGAAACUGUAUUUUCCACAUGGGCAAAUAACUAAUGUGUUUGUGCAAUAUAGAGAGAUAAAGCAUUUGUGUGAUUGAGUGGAUAUGUAUGCAUUUUGUAGAAAAAAGUAUUUACAUGACUGUAAAAUAUACUGGCUCAUGUUCAGGCAGUUGAAAUGUACCAUAUACAUGCAUGUUGUGUAGCAAAUGAACUGACCUCAUCCGCUGCGAGAAGCCCCAUUUAUUCUACUUAUAUCCCCGCAUGUUAGGCUUUUCUCAGUUUCGACUUGAGUGUCUCUUCCAUCCAAAACCAAAUAAAAUUUAAUGAUGUAUUUGUUGACAUUAUUGGGGAUUUGCAUUGGCAGAGUACUUUUCCUGGAAACGUGAACAUCUUCAAUCUUGCAUAUGGUAGUCAGAAUGGUGCAAAAGUUGUGUAAGUCCUAAUUUGCAGAACCGUAAAUAUAUUACCUUACAUGGACAAAAGGGACUUUGCUGAUGUUAUUAAGGUUAAGGACCUUAAUAUGGAAAAUUAUCCUGGGUUAUCCAGGUGGGAACAACCUAAUCCCAUAAAUUCUUAAAAUCAAAGGAACUUUUUCAACAGAAGUCAGAAAACCAGAUAGAUGGCAUUGUGAGAGGAACUUGACCAGCAACUGCUGUCUUUGAAGAUUGCAGAAGGUGUCCAUGAUUCAAAAAUACCCAUGGCCUCUUGAAUCUGAAAACUUUAAGGACACAAUUUUUCCAGAAAAGAAUGAAUCCCAUCAAAACCUUGAUUUUAGCCCAGUGAGACUCAAGUUGAACUUCUGAUCUUCUUUCUAUUGGGUCACUAUGAGUCGACUGUGACUCAGCAGGAACAGGU